AUGAAUACUAACGGUGCAGGAAAUCAGCAGACCAGCAACGGUGAUGAAGCGCGGCCAUCGCACAGCGGCCAUCGCGGAGAAGUGGAAGGCGUCGGUCAAGCGGAAACUGGAACCGCUUGGAUUCACGAACUGUUCCGUCUACAGCAUUCGAUGAUGCAGGAGCAGCAGCAGGCGUUUAUGGCGCAACAGGAGAAACUGAUUGCGGAAAUUUGGAAGACGGCGCAUCUUAAGCAGCCCGUGAACGGAGAACAGCUGAGUGAUGUGCUGGCAAGCCAAGUGAGAGACUUCCAUUUCGAUCCCGAUGAGAAUGCAACUUUUGCCGGAUGGUUCUCCCGUUACGAAGAUCUCUUUGAGAAGGAUGCGAGUAAGUUGGAGGACGAUGCAAAGGUGCGGCUGCUGCUGAGGAGGCUGGGGCAAGCUGAACAUGAGCGGUACACUAGCUACGUACUGCCGCGUAAGCCAAAGGAUUUCAGUUUUGCAGAGACUGUAAGUACACUAAAGGGACUGUUCGGCUCUCGCGAGUCAGGGGUCAGCAAGCGGUUCAAGUGCUUGCAGUUGCAAAAGAACGGGCUGGAAGAUUACGUGAUGUUUGGCUGCCGCGUUAAUAAAAGUGUCGUUGAAGCAGAGCUCGCAAAGCUUUCAGAGGAACAGCUGAAAUGUUUCCUUUUCGUGUGCGGGCUGAAGGACGAUAAAGACGCAGAUAUAAGGCUUCGGUUGCUGAGCAGGAUUGAAGACAACGAAGAAACCACGUUAACGCAGUUGGUGGAAAUGUGUCAAAAGAUGCUGAAACGAUGUAUGGUGCGAGUCACUGAAGAGCAGCUGAUGAUAUUCGGUGCUGAUUUAAUGGAAGUUUUUGGUUUAUGGGACGUUCCAUUGGCGUCGGUGUGCAACCGUGUGUGUGUAGCGACCGAAAGUCUAGAGGCAGUUAAAAGGGAGUUUAGCGGAUUGUUCUCCCACGAGCUGGGACAUUGCAUGAAGGCAAAAGUAAGGAUGGAGCUGAAGAAGGACGUGGUCCCCGUAUUUCGACCAAAACGCCCUGUUUCGUAUGCGAUGCGCUCUGCAGUAGACGAGGAGUUAGACCGGCUGGAAAAAGCAGGGAUCAUAACCCGUGUUAAUUUCUCAGCUUGGGCAGCGCCUAUAGUAGUGGUACGCAAGGCGAACGGAUGCAUACGUAUAUGUGGAGAUUACUCGACGGGGUUAAACGAUGCUCUUCAACCUCACCAGUAUCCGAUCCCGCUGCCGGAGGACAUAUUUUCAACGUUGGCGAAUUCAGCGAUGUUCAGUCAGAUCGAUCUGACCGAUGCGUUCCUUCAGGUUGAGUUGGAACCCGAGUGCAGAGAACUGCUUACAGUCAACACACACCGAGGAUUAUACGAGUAUAAUCGACUUCCACCUGGGGUGAAAGUAGCUCCGGGGGCUUUUCAGCAGCUAAUGGAGACCAUGCUGGCUGGACUGAAGGAUGUGGCGGUGUACCUAGAUGACAUCGUGGUCGGCGGAGCUGAUGAACACACGCACAUCCAGAAUCUUCGCGCGGUGCUAGCGAAGUUGCAGGACUACGGAUCGUGAUGGACAACGCCCGGAUCCUGCCAAGAUAGAAGCGAUUGUGAGCAUGCCUACACCGAAGAAUCCUUCCGAAGUUCGCUCAUU